AUGUUUUUUAUACCAUUAAUAAUAUCUAGUAUUAAAAUUUUCUUUUUUAUAACACCAUUGUUUUGUUUAAUAGCAUCUUCUUUUUUUCUUAAUGUCGAAUCAACUUUAAGUUUUUCUUUAGUUUUAUUAAUAUGUCAAUUAAUAUCGUUAAUAAUCCAAUCAUUUUUUAUAAAGAGUGGUCUUGAAAAUUGGAAUUUAUUAAAGUUUUUACUUGAUAUUCCAAUUUUAGGAUUAUCUUUUUUUAUAUACCCCUAUAUACCAACCACAGCUAUAGAUAUCUAUUAUUUUUGUUUUAAAUAUAUAUUCCCAUUAUUAGUUUUCUCUACCGAGGCAUAUCAAGGAGUAUUAUUAGUUGUCUUUAAAACUAGAUCCAUUAAAAACAAUAUCGCUUAUGGAUCAUCAACAGACUACAUAUUUAAGUCAUCACUAUUAAUAAUAUCAUUCAUAUCAUAUAUCACCUCAAUUUAUUUAAUAUAUGAAAUAUUUUCAUAUAACGAAAUUUCAACUUUAAAUGCAUGUUUAUUAUCAAGUUUAGGUACUUUGAUGAUUUUAUUAAUACCAUAUAUGACAGUAGUUGAAGAAUCAAUAAUAUCAGAUAUUUCAUUAAUCACUUUAAUAAUUUGUUUAAAUUUAUAUUCAUACUUUUUCCAAUUCAACACACAAACAUUAAUUUGUUCAGUUAAUAUUUUUAAAUCAUUAUCAUAUUUAAUCACAUUAUUUUUAAUAUCAUAUCCAUUAAUAAAUAGAGACAGCGAUGAUAAUGUUGAUGAAGAUUCAGACUCUAUAAUUUAUAAAUUAAAAAACAAAUUUAUUUCUAUUGGUUUAGUAAUUGGGUUAACCUAUUUGCCAUUGUCCAUGGUUGGUGUUAUUUCAAAUAGUAAUUUAUUAUUUAGGUAUAUUCAAGGUGUUGUUACAGUAUUAUUAUAUUUUGGUUUAUUAUCAAACAAGUCAUUAGAUGAUUAUGAUGGAUCCUUUAAAUUUAAAUAUGAUUAA